CCCCAGUGGCUUUUAAGAUCUGGUUCUGAACUUCAAUCACCUUCAGGUUGUUGUGUUGUUAGUUGAAGAUGAAGUUCUUCAGCUGGAUGCAGACUAAACUAAACGGCAAACAGGAGAAGAAAAUCCCACAUACAUUCUCUACUUCUCAGCAUAAAAAACAAGAGUCUCGUGAAGAGUUCAGCGAUUGGCCUCAUGGAUUGCUAGCAAUUGGAACUUUUGGCAACAAUGAGAUUAAAGAUGAACAAGACAUACAAGAGGAGGAGGAUCCAUCUUCUUCAGAAGAGAUAGUUGAUAUCUCUCCUGAAGAAGUUGGUAAAUUACAGAAAGAGUUAACAAAGCUUUUAUCUCGAAAACCGAACGCCGAAAAGCAGGUUGCAGAUCUUCCAUUGGAUAGAUUUCUCAACUGUCCUUCAAGCUUGGAGGUUGACAGAAGAAUCAGCAAUCCACUUUGCAGUGAUUUAGAUGAUAAAGAUGAAGAUAUUGAAAGAACCAUUGGUCUUAUCAUUGGGAAAUGCAAAGACAUUUGGGCUGAUGGUAAAAAGAAAGCUAUUGGGAAGAAAUCCAUCUCUUUUCUGCUCAAAAAGUUGUUUGUUUGUAGUAAUGGCUUCACUCCUUUACCACCACCAAGUUUGAGAGAAACUCUACAAGAGUCUAGAAUGGAAAAGCUUUUAAGAACAAUUCUCCUAAAAAAAAUCUCCCCACAACACGCCUCUCGAUCUUCAUCAUUGAAGAGGUAUAUAGAGGAAAAACCGUCACCAAAAAAUAGAAACGAUGGUGAAGAGCAGAAAAAAGAUGCCAAAGAUGGAUCCAAAUGGGACAAGACUGAUUCUGAAUAUAUCGUUCUUGAGAUAUAAUCCCGUCUCCUUUCCUAAUCAAUCUUCCAUCUAACUGAUUUGAAGAAGGUAAAAACAACUCCUUCCUCAAAUGCUUCGGUAUAUUUCUUGAGAUAUAAUCCCUUUGUAACAUAUUUGAGGCAAAUAACAUUUUGUAUUGUAAUAAAGUUUCCAAGACAAUGUUGUUGGGCUC